AUGCGAGCCAACUACGAUACGUGGCAGCGCGCCACCUCCGUGGACCACUUCAAUGACCUGCUGCAGGAGAAGCGGCGGAUGGAGAGGAACCCGUUCGGGCGGUGGCUGAUCCGCACGCUUCGUGUCUUCAAGCAGCUCCCGAACUCUCCCGUCGCGUGGCUCUUCCUGAUGGUCCUGGGGUCGAUCGCUGGGGUUUACGGACUUUUGUUCGACGGCUGGGUGCGGUCCUUCCUCCGAUUCCGGCGUCAACUGGUUGAAGAGGUGGGGGCCUUCUCCUUUGGGGGGUAUCUCAUCUGGGUCAUCUGGUGCGUAGUCUUCGGCCUGCUCUCGACGUGCUGCGGCCACUACAUCACGCCGAUGUCGGACGGCUCAGGCAUCCCCACAAUGCGCGGGCUCUUCGCGGGGGUUUUCCAGAACCCGGACGACCUCCUUUCGUUCCGCACGCUCGUAGCCAAGACGCUCGGCACGUUGAUCAGCUCGAGCUCUGGGCUGUCGGUCGGUCGCGGAGGCCCCUUCACCCAGAUCAUGGCCAUGAUCGGGUACCUCAUGGGCAAAAUCCCAUUGUUCCGUCGCGCCAACUUCGGCCAGGCGAACUACAACUUCAUCCGAGCAGCGGUGGCAGCUGGCGUCACGUCCGCGUUCGGGUCUCCGGUGGGGGCGGUUCUCUUCAGCAUCGAGGCUACGGCGAGACACUACGAGAUCAAGUGUCUGUGGGAGGGGAUCAUUUGCUCGUCCUUCGCCUUGCUGGUGUUCCGAGUCGCCCCCGUGCUCAAGAGCGAGCUCCUCUUCGAGAAGACCAACUUCACAGGCUUCGAGCUGGACGUCGAGAUGUUCGCGUUCGUGCUUCUAGGCGUGAUCUCCGGGCUCGCGGCAGGUUUGUAUUGUAAAAUGAUGUGCGUCAUGCGCUACGCCCAGAUGGAAUUGUUCACGAAACUCGGGUUGACGAAGCCCUCGCUUAAGCGCCGCGCGCUUCACGUGGGCUCCAUCUGCGUCUUAACUGCGUCCGUCACUUUCUCGCUGGGGGUUCUGCGGAUCUCGGAUCGGAUCAUGGUCAACGAGCUGUUCCGAGACCAAGGACUGAGUUUUCCGCAGUGGAGGGACAUCUCCGACUUCCCACAGACCGCUCUACUCACGUACAUCCUCAUGAAAUUCGCGAUAACGCUGCUGCCGUGUGGAGCCCCCAUCUCAUGCGGCGUCUUCGGACCAAUUUUCACGAUGGGCGCGGCUUUAGGGCGACUCUAUGGGGAAAUUCUAAUGGUAUACUGGAGCCCGACUCAAAGCCCAGCGACGUAUGCAGUGGUGGGGGCUGCUGGCUUCGCCGGCUCUGUUACUCAGACGGUGUCGACGGCUGUGAUCGUGUUCGAGCUCACGGGGCAACUAAGUCACAUGCUCCCGGUCAUGAUUUCUUGUAUCGUGGCCUACUUUGUGAGCAGUAUGCUCACUCCGUCUUUCUACGACAUCGUGGCCGAGUGGGCGGGUCUCAAGUCGGUAUCAUACGACGUGAACGAGUACAUCCUGGGCCAGAAACUCGCCAAAGAUCACAUGAACUCUGUCCCCGUAGUCUUCACGCGAGAAACGACAUACGAUGAGGCUAUCCAGGCGCUGAGCGCAAACAAGAAGGAAGGAUACUUCCCACUUUGCGACAGCAAAGACAGCAGGAUCUUGCUGGGUUGCAUUCGGCGAUAUGAUCUCGAGGUUGGAAUCGCAAGAUUUAUCGCAGUCAACCGACCUCGGAUGAAGAACUCAAAGCAUCGAAAGGUGACAAAGCAGAUCGAGUAUUUGGUGUCCAAGGUUCUCGACAUCGACAAGAGGAAAAUCAUGGCGGUGGAGGACCUAUCGCUGCUCAACUCCGAGGAGAAGGACGAGUUUUCUACUACAAACACGCUCGAGCUUGGGCCGCCAUUCAGCCCUUUCGAGUUCACCUCAGUCCCAGUUCAGAGCUACAUCCCUCUGGUUGGAGAGGAAGUGAACCUCCACAUCGUCCACAAGGUGGCGUCCAUGUCCAAUUGGACGCAGGUGUACGUCGUCUCACUCGGAAAACUUCUCGGCGUCAUCCAUCUCGACGCGUCGCUUCUAACGCUGCGCAGCGAAACUUCAUCCCCCGUUCGACCCAGCUAG